AUGACCACUCCUAUGAACGAAAGAAGCUUCUGUCGCGAAAGCGAAAGCGCAGCAGAUGAACCCAUUGCCAUUGUGGGCAUGGGCAUGAGAUUACCCGGGAAUGUUCACACCGCAGAUGAAUUCUGGGACAUGCUCGUCUCGGGCAAAAGUGGCCAUGGCCCAGUCCCUAAAAGUCGGUAUAACGCGAAUUCCUUCUUUCAUCCAUCUACCUCCCCGAUGACCGGAUAUUUCUUGGAAGAGGACCCUGCGUACUUUGAUGCCGGAUUUUUCUCCGUUGGUGCCAAAGAGGCCAGGCUCAUGGAUCCCCAGCAACGGUUGCUCCUCGAAGUAGUGUGGGAGUGCCUCGAAGACUCCGGCGAAACCAGUUGGCGCGGAAAGGAUAUAGGCUGCUAUGUCGGAGUGUUUGGGGAGGAUUGGCUGGAGUUGUCCCUCAAGGGACUAGACCCUUGUCCAGAUCGCCAUCAUGCCCUCGCUACCGGAGGCUUUGCCUUGUCAAACCGAGUCUCAUAUGAAUUUGACUUCCGUGGGCCGAGCAUGACUAUACAAACCGGAUGCUCGGCUUCGCUUGUUGGUUUGCACGAGGCUUGUCAGGGGCUUCGCACCGGGCAAUGCUCCUCUGCCGUCGUUGCUGGAACCAACCUCAUAUUAACCCCGACGAUGACAAGCGUCAUGAACCAAAAUGGUGUUCUAUCGCCUUCGGGUCAAUGCCAAACAUUUGAUGCCAAUGCGGACGGGUAUGGCCGUGGAGAGGCUAUCAAUGCAGUCUAUAUCAAGCGCCUCAGCGACGCCCUGAAAGAUGGCGACUCUGUCCGUGCGGUAAUACGGUCCACAGCCGUGAAUUUUGACGGGAGGACGGCAGUCAUGACUAACCCCAGCGGAAUAGCGCAAGAGACGCUGAUACGAAAUGCAUACAAACAGGCUCAGAUACAUAACAUCUGCGACACGGCCUUUUUUGAAUGCCAUGGGACAGGUACCUCAGCUGGAGAUUCGGUUGAGACAUCAGUUGUCGCCAAGAUCUUCGAGGGCCAUGGUGUACUUAUGGGUAGUGUCAAGCCAAACUGCGGUCAUUCCGAGGGGGCUUCAGGUCUCACUAGCAUCAUUAAAGCAACCCUUGCCCUGCAACACCGCACCAUCCCACCAAACAUCAAUUUUCAUAAGCCCAAUCCCACUGUCCACAAGGAAGACUCCCGGAUUGAGGUUCCUGUGAAAGCCCAACCAUGGCCGAAUGACCGCCAGGAACGAGUGAGUAUCAAUUCAUUUGGUAUAGCCGGGGCCAACGCGCAUGCUAUUCUGGAUUCUGCGGCUGCAUUUGGAGUACAAAAGAUGGCCCACCCGGAAUCAGACCGUCCGCACCUCGUCGUGGUUUCUGCGCACAACAAACAGUCCUUACAACGUCGCAUAAAAGACAUAGCAGGCUACAUAAACACUAACCCCACGAGCCUUCACGAUUUGGCAUAUACAUUAGCAUCACGACGGGAGCAUCACAGUCAUCGGGCAUUCGCGGUAGUCUACCCGGACACGCCAGUGGAUCAGUCUCAAUUUCAGUCGUCACCCAAGACGCUCCCCUCUCCUGCAUUAACGUUCGUGUUCACAGGACAAGGGGCGCAAUGGGCGGGAAUGGGGAGACAGCUUCUGGAAACUGAGCCUUUAUUCUGUAAUGCGAUCAAGAAGAUGGAUGAGGUGCUUCAGAACUUGACAGAGCCCCCAGAAUGGUUCUUACUUGAGGAGCUUUCACGAGUGGGCACUGAGUCGCGUGUCAAUGAAGUUGAACUAGCCCAGCCACUUUGCACUGCCCUCCAGCUCGGAUUGCUCCAGAUCCUAGCAUACUGGGGUAUUCAACCAAGCACUGUAGUUGGACAUUCUAGUGGUGAGAUCGCUGCAGCCUGCGCAUCAGGUGCGAUAACAAUUGAAUCAGCUAUUGUUAUCGCAUUCUACCGUGGAAGGCUGGCCAAAUUACAGGAGGGCUCCGGUGCAAUGGCAUCUAUUGGAUUGAGCCAUGAGGAAGUUCUACCGUUCCUCGUCGACGGGGUGGUCGUCGCUUGUGAGAACAGCCCUCGUAACGUGACGAUUUCAGGACCCAAGGAACAGAUACCCCAGGUAAUCAGCAAUAUUACCACGGCUCUUCCGGGAAUUUUCUGUCGGAAGCUGCGUGUGCAGGUUGCCUACCAUUCUCCGCAGAUGGAGACUAUCGGAACGUCAUAUGAGAAUGCUCUCGUACCUCAUAUGAAUCCGGGACCACAUAUGCGGCCGAUGGUUUCUAGUGUCACCGGCGAUAUCAUUACUGACCCUUCUCAACUCGGACCAAGCUACUGGCGUCGGAACCUUGAAUCUCCUGUCCGCUUUUCAAAGGCAGUAGAGAUGCUUCUCAAAAGGCAGACGGAGGGUAGCCAGAUAUUCAUAGAAGUCGGACCACAUUCCGCUUUAUCUGCGCCUCUUCGGCAGAUAUUUCAAGUUGCUCCUCGGUCACCUCCCGUGUACAUACCCACCCUUACGCGCAACGAUGACCACCAAAAAUCCCUACUGCUCGCAACUGCUGGAUAUGUGUUCAACACAGGGUCGUUUGUCGGCUUUCCCACAAUUGUGCAAGGUGGUAGACUUCUUGGCGACAUCCCGCGCUUUCCAUGGACGCAUACUGACAUGUACUGGAGCGAGGGUAGACCAAGUCGCGACUGGCGGCUACGCUCACUCCCUCACCAUGAGCUUCUAGGCUCAAUGAUAAUGGAAGCGACAAUUCAGGAGCCAUCAUGGAGAAACGUCUUGCGGCUAGACGAUGUGCCAUGGCUGUCGGACCAUGUCCUGCACGGCGAAGUCGUCUUCCCAGCUGCCGGGUAUAUCACCAUGGCCGGCGAGGCCAUUAGGCAGUUGAAUGUCCUCAAUAACCAAUCAGAAUCUAGUCUCGAACGCUACACAAUACAGAACAUUCGGUUUGAGUCUCCUCUAAUGCUAACCAUUGAUGCUGCAGUUGAGGUUAUUUCAAGCCUCAAGCCAAUUGAGCUGGCAGACGGCGUCCUGUCCGGGUGGUACAACUUUUCUGUAUGUGCAUUCGACGGGGCUAAAUGGACAGUGCACUGCAAGGGUUGUGUACGUGCAGGAAGUGACUACUCUAUUUCUGUUGAGCGUAAAGAAGUCAGCCCUUUACCCCGAGGAGUGGAACCAUUACGGUGGUACCGCACGGUCCAGCGAUGCGGAUUACAAUACGGCCCCCAGUUCCAGCGUCUGCAAGACAUCACCGCAGACCCAAUUGACAAUGCCGCAGCUGCCACUGUACACCAGCCUGAUAUGCAGAAAGGCACCCACUACGCUCUCCAUCCUGCUGUUAUCGACCAAGCCCUUCAGCUGAUCGGUAUAGCCGCAUCGAGAGGAAGGUUACAUACCAUUUCAGGGGCCUUUAUCCCCGCCAAGAUUGAGCGCCUCGUUAUUGAUAACGGGCCAUGGUCGCGGGUUUCCUUCGAAGCUCGGACAUUUGAAGACAAAGAAAAAGGGCAGCAGGCAAAGAUCAUCGGUACCACUGAAGGCCAGACAAUCUUUAGGCUCGAGGGUGGAGUCCUGGCUGGCCUAGCAGGGUCUAGCAGGACAGGGACGGAUGAGACCGACUUAAUUUCUAGGAUACAUUGGAAGCCAGAUAUCGACUUACUGCCACCUGAGAAGAUCCUGCCUCCGCGCCCCAAUCUUGGACAUGCCACCCACCGUAGGAUUCUUGGGCUCCUUUCUUUAAUACACAUUCGAGCCACAGCUGAGCGAAUUGGGCAUAUCGAUUCGUCUACCCAACAUUUGAUGAAAUGGAAAUCUUGGAUCCUAUCGGAGGCCGCUAAGAUUAGCGUCGGCGUGCAUCCAAAUCUGCAGCCACUCUCAAGGUGGCUCGAGGAAGUGCAACCGGAGACGGAGGAUGUCCUUCUCCAUGCAAUGAAAGAGAUUCCGGUGCCUUCGUCGGCCAUACUCAGUGAUGGGCUAUCUACUACCCAUGAAGGCUCAAGUCAGUGGAACUAUAUGCCUCCAGCUGAUUUCUUAGAGAGAAUAUACAGCCGCCUUGAGAGCAUACCGGCCGACGUCCCCGGUCUAACCAUCAUUGAAUGUAUGAGGGCAGUCUACGAGAAUGCCGUCGAUUUCAUGUCUGGGAAAUGUUCCCCGCUAGAGGUACUCGUUUCCAGCAAUAGGUUGGAAAGGUUCUACGAAGACACACUGUCCCGAGAGACUGAUCUGACGAAAGUCUUUUCCCUUCUUGGACAUGCGAAUCCAUUGAUGAGAGUCCUGGAGAUUGGCGCCGGAACAGGCUCUAUGAGCGAAAUGGCGCUCUCUUCGCUGAGGUCUCCGACUGGCGCACAGCUUUUCUCUCGCUAUGUCUUCACAGAUAUUUCCGCUGGAUUCUUCGCCACUGCCCAAGAGAAGUUCAAGGGGCAGGCCAAUAUGGAAUACCGAACAUUGGAUAUCACACGUGAUCCAACGGAACAGGGGUUUGAGGCGCACAGCUUCGACCUGAUCAUCGCUUCCAACGUUAUGCACGUCGCUCCAAAUCUGCAUGAGGCUUUGCUACAUACCAACAAGCUGCUUGCCAAGAAUGGGCGUUUCUUGCUACAAGAGUUUUAUUCGGAUACUCCUGUCACGGACUACGUGGUGGGUGCGCUUCCUGGCUGGUGGUUGGGUGAAGACGAUGGACGCCCUGACAAACCUUACAUCUCGGGAGAGGAAUGGGACAAGAAGCUUCACGCAGCUGGAUUUACUGGAGGCGAGACAAUCGAGCGCGAUCUUGAGGGUUCGGUUCAGCCGUUAUUCACCAUUAUCUCUAGGCUUGCUCAGGAGCCGAUACCUGACAGAGAUAUAACUAUCCUGGCUUCUAACCCGGAGGAGGCAGGAUGGCCUGGAGAUGUGGCAGCGUGUUUCCGCAGAAGUGGCUAUGAAGUCCACUGGUCAACCUUGGAUGGCUCGCCCUGUAACAGUCGCACCAUCGUUUCACUACUGGAGGUUGACAGUCCAUAUUUCACUCAGUCUUCUCAGGAACAAUUUCUUGUUCUACAACGCUUCCUGAUGCAGAGUAAGGGAUGCAGAAUAUUAUGGGUAACGCAGCCAAGUACACUUAGCUGCACGGAUCCGCGCUUCAGUAUUAUUCAUGGUCUUGCUCGGGUAUUGAGACGCGAACUAUCUUUGGAUUUAUCUGUCUUGGAAAUGGAUUCCGCUGGGAAUCCUGCACCUAUCACCCUAGUCGAACUGCAUGAGAAGAUCCAGCAGGCCCGUGAAAUACCAGAUGGAGAUCUGGAGUACGAGUUCGCGUUGGAGGGUGGCGUUGUUCAUACCGCUCGGUCUUACCGGACGUCGCUCUCGCAACAGCUCACGAAGCAGUCCCCACUGAAUACAACACGGAAAUUGGGAAUCAAGCAGGUUGGAUUGACCAGUACUCUUCAGUGGGUACCCAGUACAACUGCAACGGAUCUGAGUCUCGGCGAAGUUGAGGUGGAUGUCAGCUACGUCGGGCUGAACUUCAAGGACACUUUGGUUGCCAUGGGACUUAUAGGGAACCCGAACGAUAUGGGUCUAGAGGCAACCGGAGUGGUGCGUCGAGUUGCUCCAGAUGUAACCGACCUGGCCCCUGGGGACCGCGUCGGGGCAUUGGGGACCGGCCUAUUCUGCAACCGUACGGUUCUACGUCGAAGGGCUCUGUCGAAGUUACCAGAUAGCCUUGCUUUGGCAGAUGGUGCCGCCAUGCUGACAGUCUAUUGCACGGUUAUUUACUCGCUAAUACAGGUUGGGAACCUUCAAAAGGGACAGUCGGUCCUCAUUCACUCUGCUGCCGGUGGGGUUGGUAUCGCAGCCAUAAAUAUUUGCCAGAUGCUCGGUGCUACGAUUUACGCCACAGUUGGAAACGAGGAGAAGGCAGAGUACCUUGUCAACACCCAUGGGAUUCCCAGAGCGCAGAUCUUCCACUCCCGCAAUACAUCAUUCCUGCCGGAUAUUAUGCGAGCCACUAGUGGACGUGGAGUCGACAUCGUCCUCAACUCACUGAGUGGUGAGUUACUACAUGCAUCCUGGGAAUGUGUGGCAGCCUAUGGAAAAAUGAUUGAAAUCGGACGACGAGACAUCCUGUCCCAUGGAAUGCUCAGUCUGAGCCCGUUUGCCGAAGACCGCUCAUUCCAUGCGGUGAAUCUUGCGAACGUCAGUCGGGACCGUCCUGAUAUAGCGAUAAGCACGGUGAGGACAUGCUUCGAGCUUUUCCAGAAAGGCCAGAUCCAACCAAUUCGGCCCGUGCAUGUUUUUGAUACUGCCCAAGUGAAGGAGGCUUUCCGAUACCUACAGACAGGUAAGCAUAUGGGAAAGGUCGUAAUCCAGAUGACACCAGAUCCAGCCCAACUACCAUGCGCGCCCGUAAGUUCCAAGGCUUCUUUUCCAUUCGACGCAGCGUACCUCAUCGUUGGAGGCCUCGGUGGCAUCGGGAAGUCAGUUUCUCGGUGGCUAGUUGAACAUGGGGCUCGCGAGAUAGUGUAUCUCUCCCCAUCAGCUGAGAAGGAUGAACAUCGGAAGUUCAUAAAGGAGCUAGAGGUUCAAGGCUGUCGCGUUAGCUGCGUGGCAGGGACUGUAACUGAACCCGCUGAUGUUCAACGAGCAAUCGGAAAGUGUACGAACCGUCUCACUGGCGUCGUCCAGAUGGCAUUGAAUCUGCAGGACCGAACCUUCGAGCACAUGACACCGGAGGAAUGGGAUAGCGGGCUAGCUCCGAAAGUCACCGGCACAUGGAAUCUACACACUGCAACCCAGGGCAUGGACCUAUCAUUCUUUGUCAUGUUCGGUUCGAUCGCGGGUUCCGCAGGGUCUCUGGGUCAGGCCAACUAUGCUGCCUCGAACACCUUUCUGACCGGGCUUGCCACAUACCGGAGACAGCGUGGUUUGGCGGCGUCGGUCCUGAAUCUGGGCCCGGUUGAAGAUGUAGGCAUCAUCAGUGAGCGGGCGGACUUUGCCCAAAUGACCAGCGUGGCCUCGGCUCAGCCCAUAACAGAACGGGCCGUCCUUGACUCGUUCCAAGUCAGCAUCGAAGACUCCCGCCCAAACCAGCAGUGCUCGGGGAUACUGGACGUUGGCAUUUCCGACAAAACGGGUAAGAGCGAGAGCGCUUCGCUCAUUCGGUUAUGGGGGCGCGAUGCCCGGUUUGCUAUGCACAGCAACUUAGGGCAGGCGUCGAUGGAUGAGGGAACGAACGGACCUGAACAUCGGCUGCGCGAAUUCCUUAACAAUGUCCACCAAGAUCCUUCGUUGCUGAACAAGUCUGAUGCGAUUACCGAGUUCAAACGGAACAUGGCUCACCUUAUUGCGGGCACGAUCUCAAAUGGGCGAGAACUGACUGAUGAAGAGGCUGCCGGUUUUGCAAUCGACUCGCUGGUGGCAAUUGAGAUGAGGAGCUGGGUGCGGCGAACUAUUCAUCUUGAUGUCCCGUUGUCUGAAAUUACAAAGGCUGGCAAUUUGGGGUCAUUGGCUGAUCAUAUCGUUAAACUCUUGAGGGUGCAGUACAAGUUGGGUCAAGGUGAAGAGUAA